UCCACUAAAAAUUAUUAGGUAUGACUUGCUAGCUUGGUGGGUAAAAAUUAAUGCUGUUGUAUUAUAUUGAUUGAUAAAGAUGAAAAUCUUUUUGACUUUAUAAAUCUUUGAUGCAUUCUAAUACUAUUUUAGAUGCAUUUGCUUUUUGACUAUAAUUAUAACAUCAAGUUUUGAAGAUUUUGGCUUGUUUUAUAGUUAGAGAAAAGCCAAAUAUUUGAUGAGUUUAUAGAUUAAAAUGCUUUUGAUGGAAAUCUUCAAGGUGCUAGUUUUGUGUUUUCUUGUAUUCAACUUCAUACCAUGCUUCAAUACCUUGGAGACCCUUGUUCCAGGACAAUCAAUCAAAGAUAAUGAGACACUAAUCUCAAAAGAUGGAACUUUUGAAGCUGGUUUCUUCAACUUAGGAGAUUCAAAUAACCAAUAUUUUGGUGUAUGGUACAAGGAUAUUUCACCAAUAACUGUUGUGUGGAUAGCAAAUAGAGAUUCUCCAUUAGGAAACUCAUUAGGAGUUUUUAAUGUAACUGAUAAAGGAAACCUUGUUAUUGUUGAUUCCAAAGGGGCUAUGAUAUGGUCCUCUAAUACCUCAACAACAGAUGCAAAACCAACUGUGCAGGUCUUGGAUAGUGGUAACCUAGUUGUGAAAGAUGAAACCAACCAAGAUAAAUUUUUGUGGCAAAGUUUUGAUAAACCUGGUGACACUUUACUCCCAGGUAUGAAAAUCAGAAGCAACUUAGUAAAUGGUGAUAUUAAAGGUUUGGUAUCUUGGAGAGAUACACAUGAUCCUUCUACUGGUUUAUAUUCAUAUAUUAUAGAUACUAAUGGUUUACCUCAAGUAGUGAUUACAAAAGGAAACUCAUUUUAUGUCAGAAUAGGUUCAUGGAAUGGAAAUAUGUUAACUGGAAUUCCUUCUACGACGCUUUACUCAAACUUUAAUUUCACUUUUUUUUUUACUGAGACGGAAGUUUCUUAUGGAUAUGAACUUUUGGAAUCAUCAAUAGUUUCAAGGUACAUGCUCACAUCGACAGGGCAAAUGACGCGUUACAUAUUUUCGGACCAGAAAAAGAGUUUUGAACUUUUCUUUCUUGGCCCUGCAGACAGUUGUGAUAACUAUCUUAUCUGUGGUGCAAAUUCUAAUUGUGAUCCUAAUAACACACCAGCAUGUGAAUGUCUUAAAGGUUUCAUUCCGAAGUCUAAAGAAAAGUGGAAUUCACAAAUUUGGUCGGAUGGUUGUGUUAGGAGAGUUCAGUUAGAUUGUGACAACAGGGAUCGCUUUUCAAAACGUAUGGGAAUGAAGUUGCCUGAUACAUCAAAAUCUUGGUUUAAUAAGAGUAUGAGCCUUGAAGAAUGUGAGAAAUCCUGUCUAGGAAACUGUAAUUGCACAGCAUAUGCAAGUUUAGAUGUCAGAGAUGGUGGAAGUGGUUGCAUACUUUGGUUUAAUAACAUUCUUGAUGCCAAAAAACUACGUGCUGGAGGACAAGACCUUUACAUAAGAGUUGCAGCUUCAGAACUAGACAAUAACACAGGCAUCAACAAGAAACUUGCUGGAAUUUUAGUAGGCUGUAUUAUGUUUACUUUGAUCAUGAUAAUUCUGGGGGUCGCCAUAUAUCGCAAUCGGAGGAAGAAACCAGAGAAGCGAGUGAUGAAUCCGGUAUUUAGCUUCAAGAAUCACACUGACAGCAAUGAGAGUGAAGAUAUUGACAUACCAAUAUUUGAUUUAUCCACCAUUGCUAAUGCAACCAAUAACUUUUCCAUUGAUAACAAAUUGGGGCAAGGAGGAUUUGGACCAGUUUAUAAGGGUAAAUUGGAAAAUGGACAAGAUAUAGCAGUGAAGAGGCUCUGCAAUACUUCAUCGCAAGGGCCAAAAGAGUUCAUAAAUGAAGUUAAGCUAAUUGCGAAUCUUCAGCACAGAAAUCUUGUGAAACUACUUGGCUGUUGCAUUCAUCUGGACGAGAGACUCUUGAUAUAUGAAUUCAUGAUAAACAGAAGCUUGGACUACUUCAUUUUUGAUCAAACUAGAAGAAGUUCAUUGCAUUGGACUCGAAGAUUUCAAAUUAUUCGUGGGAUCGCUCGAGGACUUCUUUAUCUUCAUGAAGAUUCUAGAUUAAGGAUUAUCCACAGAGAUCUCAAGACCAGCAAUAUUCUUCUAGACAAAAAUAUGAAUCCUAAAAUAUCAGACUUCGGUCUUGCUAGAACAUUAUGGGGAGAUGAAGCUGAAGUCGAAACAAUUAGAGUAGUAGGAACUCAUGGUUACAUAUCUCCAGAGUAUGCAGCACGUGGAUUUUUCUCCGUGAAAUCAGAUGUCUUUAGUUUCGGUGUUAUUAUACUAGAGACAAUAACUGGAAAAAAGAACAGGGAAUAUAGUGACCAUCAUGAUCUUGACCUUCUUGGAUAUGCAUGGAGAAUGUGGUGUGACUCAACGCCGUUGAUGCUGAUAGAUGAAUCUCUAAGCGAUUCGAUUGCUGUAGCCGAACCUGAAAUAUUGAGAUGUAUUCAGAUAGGGCUUUUAUGUGUGCAAGAGAGACCUGAUGACAGACCAGACAUGUCAGCAGCAGUUCUAAUGCUGAAUGGUGAAAAAGCAUUGCCUAAGCCAAAGGAACCAGCCUUCUUUCCACACCAAUUCGGCUCGUCAUCAGGAACUACUAAGUUGUAUUCAAACAAUGAAGUUUCCAUAACAAUGUUAGAAGCAAGAUAGUUUAAAUGAAACCAAAGGCCAAUUCUCUUGUCAAUAUAAUGUUGGCUUUUUUGUAGAAGUACUUAACCACAAAAGAAACUUCUGGUAAAAGUUUUUUUUUUUUUUUUUUUUUUGUAUUUGUACAUCAUUAUUGUUGUCUUUGUACCUGUGUUUAGGUUUAAUCCAUUGAGAGUGAUAAUAGAAUGAUCAGAGGCUUAAAAGAAUGAUCUAUCUAA